AUGGGAAAUCUACCCGCGAAACGAAUCCAAUUUACCCGACCUUUUGUUCAUACCGGUGUUGACUAUUGCGGUCCUUUCUUUGAAAAGGAAAGGCGACAUCGAAAUCGUAAUAAAAUUAAAUGCUAUGUAGCAGUUUUCGUUUGUCUUGCCAGUAAAGCUACACAUCUUGAAUUGGUGAGUGAUCUCACCACAGAAGCGUUUCUCGCAGCUUUAAAAAGAUUUUUUGCGCGUUGCGGAAAGUCCAGCUCUUUAAUUUCCGAUAAUGCUACCAUGUUUGAAGGAGCAAGCCGUGAACUUGCAGAGCUUCAAGUUUUGCUAUUAUGUGAUGAGCAUAACCGAAAUAUUCAAGAGUUUUUAGCGAAUCAAAGGGUUAAUUGGAGUUUUAUACCUCCUUGUUCUCCACAUUUCGGCGGAUUGUGGCAGGCUGGCGUGAAGUCAUUUAAGAACCACCUUAAACGCACCGAAGGUGAGGCUCUGCUAACUUUUGAACAGCUUCAAACUUACAUAAUUGAGAUUGAAGCAAUUUUGAAUUCCCGUCCUCUUUCUCCCCUGUCAUCCGAUCCUAACGACUGUCGUCCUUUAACACCUGGACAUUUCUUGAUUGGUGAACCCUUGACGAACUUUUCUCAAGCAAAUCUGACUCACAUUGCCGUGAACCGAUUAUCUGCAUGGAAACACGUGCAAAUGCUGAGACAACACAUUUGGAUUCGGUGGCAUAAGGAAUACUUAAAUGAGCUCACUACUCGCACCAAGUGGAAGACGGGCUCUAGCGAUGAUAUCACCAUCGGUUCCUUGGUAGUCAUGAAGGAAGACAAUGCGCCACCCUUGCAUUGGAAGCUAGGUCGCAUUAUACUUUCUAACCCUGGAAAGGAUGGGGUUGUAAGAGUUGUCUCACUAAAAACUGAGACAGGCAUUUAUAAAAGAAGUGUAAAAGGUUUGUGUCCUCUUCCCAUUGAAGAGUCUGUAUGCCACGAUUCAUUUUAA